AUGUCUGCCUACUGCGGGAAGUACGCUGGUAUCUCUCUCUCUCUCUCUCGCUCUCUCUAUUGCACACACACACACUCCAUUUCUCUCGACCUCUACUCUCGUCGGCUGUUUGUGGUUUCCUUUCCGGGCGAAUGAUUUUCACCCGCCUUCUCCCAGUUUUAGCAUCGCAACCCCCCUAUAUUCGCUAGAUCCGGCGUCGCCCAAUUUGGGUUUCCCUUGUAUCACCGUGGUCGUUCCGUUUCGGGGUAGGGUUAGGGUUUUUUAUUUUGCCGCUUUGGCUGGGAAAUCCUUCGUUUCUAAGCUUUGUCCUAUUUUUCGCUUACGUAUGCUUUGAUUUCCCAUCCCAUUCAACUCUAUGCAUCGUCUCCUACUUCUUGGUCCCAUUCCUCACUCCCCUUCUGCUGCUGCUGCUGUGCUCUUCCGCCUCCCGUUUCGGCUCUCUGGUCACCUGUUCUAGCUCUCCCCUUCAUACUGGAUAAGCUUCCUCCAUUGACUCGAGGUGUGCCCCUAUCCGUCUGCAAAACUGUAAUCCUUUUGUCUCCGCUGUUUGGAUUCAUCCUCUCCCGUUACCAUCUCUCUCGCGCAUCUCGGUCAUCGCCAUUUGGUGGAUGGAUUUACCACUGCUAGAACAUGCCCCGUCUUUUCUGCGCAUUCGAGGAGGACUCUCUGGGAGGAGAGUCGUCCCGGUUGCCGAUGAUUGAUUACCCCGCCAAGACCGUACGUAUUAUUCCGCCAUGUCGUCGCGACUUUCAGUAGCCUUCUGCCAUGCCUGACAUGGGAGUACCUCGGCUGUCUCUGGUUUUCCUUCUCGCUGAAGCGAGCUUCUACCUUGGUUGGUGCCGUCGGUCAAUUUUCUCGUGGAGUUGCGUGCUUAUGAGGCGACCUCUGACUUUCUCUCUGCAGAUGAGCUUGCCAAGAACGCCGCCUACAUUGGAACCCCGGGUAAGGGGAUUCUCGCUGCGGACGAGUCCACUGGCACAAUCGGGAAGCGUCUGUCGAGCAUCAAUGUGGAGAACGUGGAGUCCAACCGGCGCACCCUUCGCGAGCUGCUCUUCACCACCCCCGGUGCGCUGCAGUACCUGAGCGGGGUCAUCCUCUUCGAGGAGACCCUGUAUCAGAAGACCGCCGUGGGGAAGCCCUUCGUGGACGUCCUCAACGAAGGCGGCGUCCUCCCUGGAAUCAAGGUGGACAAGGGCACCGUGGAGCUGGCCGGCACCAAUGGGGAGACCACCACUCAGGGCCUCGAUGACCUCGGCAAACGCUGCGCCAAGUACUACGAGGCCGGAGCUCGCUUCGCAAAGUGGCGCGCCGUCCUCAAGAUCGGCGCAACCGAGCCGUCUCAGCUGGCGAUCACUGAGAACGCAAAUGGCUUGGCUAGAUACGCCAUCAUCUGCCAGGAGAAUGGCCUGGUUCCUAUUGUGGAACCCGAGAUCCUCGUUGACGGGUCUCACGACAUCGAGCGCUGCGCGGCCGUGACGGAGCGGGUCCUCGCCGCCGUCUAUAAGGCGCUGAACGAUCACCACGUCUUUCUCGAGGGAACGUUGCUGAAGCCGAACAUGGUCACGCCCGGGUCGGAUGCGGCAAAGGUGGCGCCGAAGGUGGUGGCGGAGCACACGGUGAGGGCCCUUCAGCGGACCGUCCCCGCCGCAGUUCCGGCCAUCGUUUUCCUCUCUGGCGGGCAGAGCGAGGAGGAGGCGACGCUGAACCUGAACGCGAUGAACCAGCUCAGCGGGAAGAAGCCCUGGUCCCUGUCCUUCUCCUUCGGUCGCGCCCUGCAGCAGAGCACGCUGAAGACCUGGGCUGGGAAGGAGGAAAACGUGGGGAAGGCGCAGGCGGCCUUCCUCACCAGGGCCAAGGCCAACUCGGAGGCUACCCUGGGAACCUACAAGGGAGACGCCGCCAAGGGAGAAGGCGUCUCGGAGAGCCUCCACGUAAAGGACUACAAGUACUAG